CUCUGUCCCAAUCUCCUCCUCUUCUGCUUCUUCUUCUUUAUUAUGGCCAAAUUUCCAACUUUAAUUUCUUUUAAUUUUCCUAAUUAAACUACUUUAUUCCCACUUCAAGAAUUGUCUUUUUUCUUUUUGGUUUGGCAAGCUCAAAUUUGCAUCUUGUUUGCUACUGGGAACUGCAGGUGAUUUCUUCUCCUUUAUUGAGAGAUCUUCAAAGUAGUAAUACAAGUUAUAGCCAUGGCGUAUUGGAGCUUCAGGGAGAUAUUUAGUGUGCUUGCAGUUAGCUAAAAUGAAGACCACACAGGAUCUACAAAACACAACUGAGAAACAAUCUUCAACUCAGGCCUCUCAUGAAGCCCAAAGUGACCAGCAGAACAAUACAACAGAUACACCUGUAGCAGAUUCAGGUUCAGUUUCUGCAUCAGGCAAUGACAACCGGAAAGUUUCACGUGAAGAUAUUGAGCUAGUCCAAAACUUGAUUGAACGUUGCUUACAACUGUAUAUGAAUAAGGAUGAAGUGGUUAAAACACUUCUUAAUCGCGCAAGGAUAGAUCCCGGAUUUACAGCUCUUGUUUGGCAAAAAUUGGAAGAGGAAAAUGCAGAUUUCUUUCGGGCCUACUACAUUAGGCUUAAACUGAAGAAACAAAUCAUCUUGUUCAAUCAUUUGCUUGAGCACCAAUAUCAUCUGAUGAAAUAUCCUGUGCCUCCGAAGGUUCCAUUGACUCCGAUGCAGAAUGGGAUAAAUACCAUGCAAGUCAACAACUUACCCAUGGGAUACCCCGUCCUACAACAACCUCCGCAUCCGGCUACAGGUCAACCUCAUUUUGAUCCGAUGGGCAUGUCCAGUUGCCAUGUGGUUAAUGGUGUGCCUGCACCAAGCAACUAUCAUCCAAUGCAAAUGAGCUCUGGAAAUGAUAUGGUGGUAGAAACGAGUGCAUCCGAUGUAGCACCAGCAGUUCCACCUAGCAAUGCCAUGUCUGAUAUGCCUGUAAGCCCUGCAUCAGUAGCUUCCAGUGGCCACUUCCCCUUCACCGCUUCGGAGAUUUCAGGGAUGGGAAUUGACACAUCAGUGCUUGACUCUUCGUUCCCAUCUGAUGUAGCAAGUUCAGUAGGAUUGCAACUUCCACCAGAUAAUGGUGUUGGUAAUUCUAGAGAUUUGCUGAGAUCCUUGGAUCAGAUUCCUUGGGAUUUCAGUCUUUCGGAUCUAACAGCAGACUUGUCAAACUUGGGAGAUUUAGGAUCUCUAGGAAACUACCCUGGUUCCCCAUUUUUGCCUUCCGAUUCAGAUAUUCUGCUUGAUUCUCCAGAACAAGAAGAUAUAGUUGAGGAGUUCUUCGUUGAUGUUGAAGCUGCCCCAGGGCCUGCAGCAUGUCCUCAAUCAGAUGAAGAGAAGUCCUAGUUUAAGUUGACACGAACACGUGCUUAAUUCCAUAGCCAGAAUAAGGAGUUUGGCGUAAAAUGAUUGGAUCAGCUAAGAACAUUGAUUUACCUGUGGUAGGUAUGUCUAUGUAGUUAUUAACCCAACUUUUCUGGUGCCAAUGACUUACCUCGCUUUAUUCUUAUACUGAUCGAGUUGCACUAUUUUCUAUUCUAAUAGAUUUCACUUCCCUAGCUUGCGCGACUCGUCAUUUGUAGAAGCAAGUCAGGAUAUGUCAGUUUCAUUCCUUUUGAUAUUAUUAAGCUUGAAUCUUGGAUAUUGAACAUUAACAAUCAGAUAAAAUCUGUUAACCAUCU